CCGUCUAUCGCAGGUGCACGAGUGACGGUCCAGCGCAGGAGGUGUCGUACGGAUCAGUAGCUCACACAGCGUCAAGCUAGCUUCUCUUCAGUUCUUAGGGCAUCAACCUUGCUGCAGCUUGCUCGAAAACAUGGCGGGCGCAAUGGACCGUGCCAAGCGUGACGGCAAGCGUGCAGGAGAGAACGACAAGGAGUCCCAGUAUGGCUCUGUCUUUUCCGUUUCGGGUCCCGUCGUCGUCGGAGAGAACAUGGCAGGAGCAGCCAUGUAUGAGCUCGUUCGUGUCGGCCAUGACGAAUUAGUAGGAGAGAUCAUCCGCAUCAACGGCGACAAGGUCACAAUCCAAGUCUACGAGGAAACGUCGGGCAUGCAAAUCGGCGAUCCUGUCCUGCGAACCGGCAAACCGCUCUCUGUCGAGCUGGGACCAGGUCUCUUGAGCAAUAUCUACGAUGGCAUUCAGCGGCCACUGAGGAACAUUGCGGAAAAGUCAGGCUCGAUUUAUAUCCCCCGAGGCAUUAGCACCCAGGCGCUCGAUAGAGAGCAUGAAUGGGAUUUCAAGCCGCUCGACUCGCUCAAAGUGGGCGAUCACAUAUCAGGCGGCGAUAUCUUCGGGUCUGUUUUUGAGAACUCGCUCAUCGAUGACCAUAAGAUCAUGCUAGGCCCUCGAGCAAUGGGCACCAUCACGCACAUCGCGGACAAGGGUAGCUAUACCGUCGAGGACGUCGUGCUCGAAACCGAGUUUGAAGGCAAGAAAACCGAGCACACAAUGAUGCAAAUCUGGCCCGUCAGAGCACCUAGACCGACAGACGAGAAGCUGGAGACCACUAAUCCACUCCUCACUGGUCAACGUGUCCUCGAUACGCUGUUCCCUUGUGUUCAGGGAGGCACAACUGCCAUUCCUGGCGCCUUUGGUUGUGGCAAAACGGUCAUCUCUCAAGCUGUCUCCAAAUUCUCGAACUCUGAUAUCAUUGUCUACGUCGGCUGUUUCGCCAAGGACACUGCGGUGCUCAUGGCCGACGGCACUGAGAAGCCGAUUCAGGACGUCGCCAUUGAGGACGAAGUUAUGGGCAAGGACGGCUGUGGUCGUGUAGUCGUCGGCCUUCCCCGGGGCGUCGAAACGAUGUACGACGUCGCUGCGAUUGGUCAGCAUCACAACCAGGCAGAGAAUGGGCUCCUCAACUUCACUUGCAAUGCCAGUCAUAAGCUCGUUGUCUGCACGCCGCAGCACGUUCGCCUCACAGAUCACAUGCUCGGCCAGAAGAUGCAGACGUCGGUCUCGUACUUCGUCAUGGGUCAGGAGCGCGUCAGCGCAGAUCGCGUCAUUAGCGCAGUGACGCUACGCAUGCGUUCGUGGCAGCACGAGCUUCACGGCGGUCACAGAGCUGCUCGCGUCAAAGCCGAGGCUUUCAAGGCUUCGAUCGACAAGGAUGAGAUCUUCAACUGGACCAUUGAAGCUCAACACGUCGCAGCGCUGAACAUGCAUGUGCGCAAGGCGACGCAGCAGACUAUCAGCCCGGUCUUGCACGAGAACCAUCGCUUUGGCGAUAUCUUGAGUCAGCACGGUCUAGAUCCGCAACUUGACGCCAGAGUCGCAUAUCUGGUCGGUCUUUGGCUGGGCAGCGGCUCCUCGGAUGAACCGGCAUUGACGAUCGCCUCGAAUGAUGCAAAGACCGUUGAGCGUAUCGAUAGCCUCUGCUCAGCACUCGGCCUUGUCGCAUCGGUUAGCGACGAGCAUCAUCGAGCCAAGAUCGCUCGAGUCCAGGAGAAUGUCGCCCACUCUGCUGCAACAGCAGAUGAUCAGAAACUGCACCGUGAUCUGCACAUCAAGAUCGUUGCAGAUGGCGGCGAGACGAGCCAUAACGUGUUUUGGACUACCCUCAGCGAAAACGGCUUCCGUGGCGCGUCGGCCAAGGAGCCCAAGGCGGUGCCUUCAUGGGUCGCGUCAGAACCGUUCGGCGUGCGCGAGGCUUUCGUCGCAGGCAUGGUCGACUCGGCCGGUCAAGUCAAGGCCAGCAAGGAUCGUGCCAUGCGCAGAAAUGUAGACAUCCUGACGGGACACGCAUCCGUCUGUGACGGCCUUGUUCGGGUGGCUCGCUCACUUGGCAUACGAGUCUCGGCCUCGAUGCAGGCAGUCAACGCAUACGCUGUCUUUUUGUCUGGUGGUGAGGUAAUCCAGUCAAUGCUUAGCCUUUGCGCAGUCGAAUGCAAUCGCGCAGCACGGCCCGAAGGCCCAGUCAAGCGCCCCGGACAAUCCUUCAACUUUACUGUCACGAAGACUGAUCAAGCUCCAUACUAUGGCAUAACGCUUGCUGACGAUACGGAUCAUAAAUUCCUUCUGGGCAAUCUCGCUCUCGUGCACAACUGUGGCGAGCGCGGCAAUGAGAUGGCCGAAGUCUUGAUGGAAUUUCCAGAACUGACCAUUGAGCGUGAGGGCAAGGAGCAUCCUAUCAUGUCUCGCUCCACCAUCAUUGCGAACACAUCGAACAUGCCGGUAGCAGCACGAGAAGCGUCUAUCUACACGGGCAUCACCAUCUCUGAGUAUUUCCGUGAUCAAGGCAAGAAUGUCUCGAUGAUGGCAGACUCGACGAGUCGAUGGGCAGAAGCUCUGCGAGAGAUUUCGGGUCGUUUGGCCGAGAUGCCUGCCGACUCUGGCUAUCCCGCGUAUCUCUCCGCUAAGCUAGCUUCUUUCUAUGAGCGUGCCGGGCGCGCAAAGUGCCUCGGUAGUCCAGACAGAGAUGGCACAGUUUCCAUUAUUGGCGCAGUAUCACCUCCGGGUGGUGACUUCUCGGAUCCCGUCACGUCUGCGACGCUGGGUAUCGUGCAAGUCUUCUGGGGUUUGGACAAGAAGUUGGCCCAGAGGAAGCACUUCCCUUCCGUCAAUUGGAAUGUGAGCUACAGCAAGUACAUCCGCGCACUCCAGCCAUGGUACGAACGUGAAGAGAGCGACUUCAUCAACUAUCGAUCCAAGGCGAAAGAGAUCCUGCAAAAGGAGGACGAGCUCGCAGAAAUUGUGCAGCUGGUCGGCAAGAGUGCGCUCGGAGAGAGCGAAAAGGUCACGCUCGAUGUUGCUCGGCUGCUGAAGGACGACUUCCUGCAGCAGAACGGCAUGUCAAAAUAUGAUCGGUACUGUCCAUUCUACAAAUCUACGGGCAUGCUGCGAAACUUCAUCACAUACUACGACGCAGCUCAAAAAGCUGUCGAGUCUGGCGAGAUGUCGUGGAGCAAAGUCAGAGAGGCCACGGAUCACGAAUGGCAUCAACUCACUCAAAUGAAAUUCGAGGAUCCGAAUGGUUCUGGCGCACAAGCAGAAAUGGAGAAGAAGUACAAGCAGCUCACAGACUCGAUCACAGAGAAAUUCCGCACUCUCAACGAAUAGAAGAUGGCUGUUUUCCUCUGUAUGCAUAUCCUGACAAGCCUGCGAAU